ACCAUACAUGGUUUUAGAGGGGAAUUUUAAUGGAUAUAGGAUUAGUGGGUAAGUAUCGCCAGAGAAGAUGCCUGCAGCAAAGAGGCAGAAGAAGAAAGAGCUUGUUGCUGCAGCUGUGGAACCAUCAUCAGAGUUAUCAAUUCCAGAAAGUCAUAAUGACAGAGAAAGUGACAGUGACUUCGAAGAUCCAGGCCAGACCACAGUAACCAAGGGAAAGAAACGACAGAGGAAGGGACCAGAUGGGGGUGGUCGUCAGAGGAAAGCAGGUGGAGGAGGUGGUCGUGGGAGGAAGAAGAGUGGUGAGGAUGAUGAUGCUGGUACAGGCAGUAUGUUUGAUGUGGUUAGGGGUGGACGAUCUUCACUUCAGUGUUCCGUGGAUGAAUGGAUAGAAAAAUACAAGAAUGACAGGGAUGCUGCACUUCUGGAGCUAAUCCAGUUUUUUGUCCAGUCAUCCGGCUGUAAAGGCAAGAUCAGUCCUUACAUGUACGCUAACCAAGAACACUCUGAAAUCAUCAGGAAAAUGACAGAAGAGUUUGACGAGGACAGCGGUGACUACCCACUGAUAAUGAGUGGGCCACAGUGGAAAAAGUUCCGCUCCAACUUCUGCGAGUAUGUACAGGUACUGGUACGACAGUGUCAGUACAGCAUUAUUUAUGACCAGUACAUGAUGGACAACAUCAUCUCUCUCCUGACUGGACUCACUGACUCCCAAGUUCGUGCUUUCCGACACACUUCAACAUUAGCAGCCAUGAAGUUGAUGACAGCUCUUGUGGAUGUGGCACUGAAUCUAAGUAUCAACUUGGACAACACUCAGCGACAAUAUGAAGCUGAGCGACAAAAGCAACAGACUAAGCGUGCUAACGACAGGUUGGACAUGCUGUUACAGAGACGACAAGAGUUAGAGGAAAAUCAGGCAGAAAUCAGAAAUAUGUUGACAUAUAUAUUCAAAGGAGUAUUUGUGCAUAGAUACAGGGAUGCCCAGCCAGAGAUCAGAUCAAUAUGUAUAGCAGAAAUAGGAGUGUGGAUGAAAAGAUACCCUAACAUGUUUUUAGAUGAUGGUUACCUGAAAUAUGUGGGUUGGACAUUAUAUGACAAGGUCGGUGAGGUUCGUCUCCACUGUCUCCGUGCCCUCCAGCCUCUUUACAACACUGAGGACUUGGCUCACAAAUUGGAGCUCUUCACAAACAGAUUCAAGGAUCGGAUUGUGGAGAUGACAUUAGAUAAGGAGUAUGAGGUAGCUGUACAGGGCAUCAAGCUUGUUAUCAGUAUACUCAAGUUCAAUGACACAAUCCUGGGGGACAAAGACUGUGAAAAUGUGUAUGAACUGGUGUACUCUUCACAGCGACAAGUAGCACAGGCUGCUGGAGAAUUCUUAAAUGCUAAACUCUUCCGCAAGGAUGAGGAGCUGACAAGGACUUUGAAAAUACACAAAGGAAAGAAACAGAGUCUGAAUGCACCACUCAUCAGAGAUCUGGUGCAGUUCUUCAUCGAGAGUGAGUUACAUGAACAUGGUGCAUACCUAGUAGACAGUUUGUGGGAUAUUAACGACAUGAUGAGGGACUGGGAAUGUAUGACAGAUCUUCUACUGGAGGAACCCCCUAAAGGCGAGGAACCACUUGAUGACCGACAAGAGACAAGUUUGAUUGAAAUUAUGGUAUGCUGUGUGAAGCAGGCAGCUACUGGAGAAUCACCUGUUGGAAGAGGACCAAACAGAAAGUUAACAGCCAGAGAGGGUAAACAGGUUAUAGAGGACAAAACACGUCUGACAGAACACUUCAUAGCAACAUUACCACAACUUCUUCUAAAGUAUCUGAUGGAUCCUGAAAAGGUAGCCAAUCUUUUAACAAUUCCACAGUACUUCAAUCUUGAGAUCUACACAGCAAGUCGACAGGAAAAGAAUCUGGAGCUAACGUUACGAUACCUUCAUGAGGUGGUGGAGAAACAUACUGACACAGAGGUACUGGAAGCCAGUUCUAAAUGUUAUGAAUGCCUGUGUAAUGAAGACUACGCUAUCGCUGGAAAGUGUGAUGUGGCCAGAAAAACACUCAUUGACUCCCUUGUUGCCAAAUUCAAGGAAGCCAUGCAAGACUUCUUUGCUGAGGGUGAGGAGCCAGACGAGGAUGAGAUGUUUGCACUUGUAGCUUGUCUAAAACGAAUCUAUGCCUUUUAUAGUUGUCAUAAUUUAACGAGUUGGAAUCUCUGGGAUGAUCUGUUUCACAUCAUCAAAGCUGGAAAUGACAACCAGUUAGCUAUUCCAGAGGAGAUCAUCAGCAAGGCAAUAUCCUCCUGUAGUAUGGCAAUCCUAUGGUAUCUACAGGCUCUUGAUACCAGUAACCCAGACAAAAAUCGUAUGCGGAUGCUUCGGAAGAGAUUGGAGGAACUGAUGAGACAUUGUCACGAGCUGAUGUUUCACCAACAGGACAAAGUCACAGAGGAGAGCUACAUCACCAUCUGUGAUCUUCUGAUCGUGUUCAGUAAACACCUCGGGGACAAUGGUGUGAUGAAACCACUUGUGUUUGAGCCUGACAAGACACUACAGACACAGCUUAGUAACUUCCUUACAGAGAAAGUCUUUGUUGAAGAUGAGGAUGAUGAUGUGGACGAGAAUGUGAAAAUUGAGGAACUGCACAAGCGACGAAACUUCCUGGCCUGUUUCUGUAAGCUGGUUGUGUACAAUAUUGUCAGCAUCAGGGUAGCAGCAGACAUGUUCAAACAUUACAUGAAGUUCUACAAUGACUAUGGAGACAUCAUCAAGGCAACAUUGGCGAAAGCCAGGGAGAUCAACAAAGUGACCACAGCUAAAACCCUCGCACUCAGUCUCACACAGUUAUUCCGUGAGUUACAUUCAGAACAAGGUGUAAUAGACAGAUCUUCAGAAGCCUUCCAGUCCCUGAAGGAAUUGGCAAGAAGAUUUGCACUCUCAUUUGGUUUGGACCAGAUCAAGAAUAGAGAGGCUGUAGCAGCUAUGCAUAAGGAGGGUAUAUUGUAUGGUUUAGCAAUGGAAGAAGGACAUGAAGGCCCUCCUACCAACAUUGCUUUCCUUGAGGUGUUGUGUGAGUUCACCAACAAACUCAUGAAGCAGGAUAAAAAAGUGGUGCUGAGUUACCUAGACAAGCACCUACCAGCCACUGGGAUUCCCCAGACCAACCGUAGUGACGAGUGGCAGUCUCUGAUCACUUACCGGAACAGUCUGGUGCAGGGAGAGCAUGAAAUCCACCCCAUCACACUGAAACAGGCCUCACAGAGACGAUAUGGCAAACGCAAGGCUGACAUAUCUGAUCAUGACUCUAACACUGGAGAAUGGGGAGAGCCACCCACCCCUGCCCCAAGCAUGCCCCCACAGCUCACUUCCACCGCAAUCAAACGUCGCCGUGCUGAUGAGGAGAGUAUUGGCGCACCAUCAGAACAAGGAUCAGAGCAGGACUUUCAGGACUCUGGUAAUGUGGGUAUGAGUCAGAUGUCCCAGGUGUCAUGGAUAAAUGCCCAGAAACAGCAGCAGGAUUUACAGCGACAGAUGGAGCCGAAUUACAGCAGAAUGAGGCCCCCUGCCUCUAAUUUACCACCUGGAACUCCUCAGAUUGAUACUGACCAAAGUAGUGAAGAUGCCAGUAUCCAUGACUUUGAAAGUCCUCAAAUGAUGGCGUCCACACCGGCACAUCCCUCCCAUCAAUACCCUGUGGCUGCACACCACCGCCAAUACCAGGCACAGGUCCACCCCUCACCACAGGGUUACUAUGAUGAUGGAUCGCAGCAUAUAGAGGAUCCAUCACAACAACAAACUCCAGCAAUUCCUCAACAAAUGGCCCAGUCUGACAUGAGCCACCCAGGAUUUUGAUGAAAAGACUACAUACAGAAGGCAGCGUUGGUUGGUAGCAGAACCCACCAAUGACUUAGCAGAGAACCAUGAAUGUACUAUAGAGGGAAUAGAAAUCUUCACUAAAACAAAUGAUUGCCAUUGAGUAAGAAAAUGUACAUGUGUGGGUGCCGUGAGAAGUUAGCUGGACAACACAGAAUUUAAUGCAAAAGAAGCUGUAAUUAUUCAGGGGUUCUAUUUGUCAGCUGUUUGCAAGGAUAGCAUAAAAUUACAAAAAUACACUGUACUAUUAGACCAAAGUUAAUGGUGAAAACAAUUAAGAUCAUGAAGUAACGCCUGUGAAAAAAAUUGACUUUUGAACCAUUGGGGGGAAAAGACUGAGAAAAAAACACCUUUUACAGCCUUUUCUUCGGAAAACCAUGUGUGAAGGACUAGUUCUAUGGAAAGUCAACCAGCUCAUUGUUAUCAUCACCACAGAUAUUCUGUUAUUUAUGUAUCUGUAUUUUGUGAUUAUAAUACUUAUUUAUGAUAAAUAAAUCUGUUUUUUUCCCUCCAAUAGACCAAUGGGAGGUAGAAACAGAAGGUUAGGUGUAAAGUCAGGUGAUUGUCCUAUUGUAGGCUAUUGGAAUAUUUGUUAUUCUACUUAACAGAAAUUAUAGGGAUGGGUUUGUCAUACAAUUAUAGCAAUAUUCCAGUCUGAUUUCUGUCAUCAAAUCAGUACACAACUGAUGAUGAGAUAAAAACCCUGAUGUUACUUUUAAAUAAAAAUCACAGGUAUUAUAUAAGGAGUAAUUUUGAUAGCUACCACUUAAAGGAGAUGCAUUUUAAACCUCGUGCAGUAAAUAUUUCAUUGGCAGUUCAUAGUCCAACUAAUGUCCUCAAAAAAUUUUAAGAAUUUACUUUCAAUAUCUCAAGUAGAGUUUGUAAAAUGAUUUUAAAGAAAAUAAUGCAUUGUUGAUAAACAGUCUUUUCUGGAUGAUUUCCUGUAUAUGAAAUAUUUUGGAGUUAAUUCCCAAGUACUAAUUCAAUAGACAUGCAGAAUAUUUCAGUUAUCUAUAUAUUAGCUGUCAUGUAGUUACAAAAUUGUAUUACAAUGCAUAUUUCUACAUCAUUCUAUUACCCGGAACCUGUACAACCUUUUGUCCGACAGCUUGCAAAUUAAUUAGAUUAUUAUAAUUGUCAAUUUUGUCUGUAUAUUGUCCUGUUGUGUAAUGUGUUGUAUUUGUUGUUGUGUUCACUUUUUCUUGCGAGUCAGAGUUUUUAUUAGAUAAAAUUCAUUCAUUAAAUCUAGUCAUUAUUAUUGUGCAAAUUAUUUUAU